AUGCCACAAAGCUAUAACUUGAUGCCUCAGUGCAGCUCGGUCCAUGAGACGAAGAAGGCAGGAGGUUAUAACAUUCCACCUAGUGUGUUCCAUGAUGUACGCAUGACCACUGCGAUGAUCAAACGUGAACUCAUUGCACUGUACUACCAAACUGGCGUCAAGAUCUUCCUCAUGACAUUGUGUGGCGAUACCUUCCACUGUGCGAAGCCUCAUCUAUUCUAUACCUCGGAAAUAUCUGAACAAUUCUUUCAGAUGAGCUUCGGCGUCGAGCUGGGAGACUGGGUGCAAAAGCUUGAGUGUUACAGGCUCGGAAAGGUACCAGGGGUGAAAGAGAAGACUGAGGCCGAUCAGGCCGAGCUCAGAAAGCACAUUGCAGCGAUCACCUUGAGCAACCUGCGUAUGAUUCUCUUUGUUCCAGAGUGCUCACCAAGCUAA